AUCUAUGCAAUUCCGAACCCAGUUUAGAAAAACCAUAUCAUCUCAAAAAAUAUAAAUUCAAACAUACUAUUUAAUUCCAAGAAAUGAGACACUUAAGGAAAUUUUGAAUAAAUUUUAUUUGAAACAUGGAUUGUAAAUUUUUCGAAAAAUGUUCUUUACUUACCUAAUGAGAACAGAUAAAUAAAAAUAAAAGUUUCAAACAGAAUAUGAAAUAUAACUUAUGAAAUAUAAUAUAUAAUAAAAAUAUAUCUAUCAAAGGAAGAUAAUUUGAUCAUUAAUAUUAAAAAUUAUCUCAAUAUUUGUAGCAAAUAUUGAUAUUAAACAUUAUUCAAUGAAUAUAAAAAUGGAGUUUUAACAUUUUGAAUGUCAUGGGUAACAGGUACUCAAUUUGCUAGUAGCACCGAUCAACGAUAUAUCAAGAUUAAAAAAAACACAUAAUUCGAGCCAAUACUUAAAAAUUUUUCAAUAUUAUCUACUACUACAAUAGUGUAAAGAAAGAAAUUAAUGCAGUAUAGAACAUGUAAUAAAAUAGUUUUAUUUAUACAUAUAAUAUAUAUGCAUAAAUAUUAUUUGCGUACAUUGCAAUAUAUCAUAAAUCACUGCAAACAAAGAAAAGUUAAUCAGUACAAUCUUCAUAAUAUGUGGGAACUUUUUUGGUACAAUUUUUUGCUUUUGUUCUAUCUAAUUGUUUUGAAUAACAUCUUUUAUAAAAUUGUCCCCGAUUCUGUCUUUUCUAUUUUAGUUUCAUGGUAUAGUUUUCUUUGCGAGUUCAUACGUGAAGGAAUGCAACUCUCAAUUUUUCACUAUAUCGUAAAAAUAAAAUAUUGUAAAAACUAAGUGAAAAUAAAGUAUUUCAGCACCGCGGAGGUUACCAGUGAUUCUCAGUAAGAUAAAUCCAUUGUGUAUAAAUCCAUAAAUCCAUCCAUAAAUCCAAACAUGAUUAUAUAUUUCAACUUAUUUGUUGCAAAUAAUAUUGUGUAUACAAUUGUUCUUUGCUUAAUAAGCAAUUGUUAUAUAAAAGUGAAUAAUAAAUUUUUUCCAUAAUUUGAUUCCUUACUCUACUCUGAAUAAAAAGGAUAUGGUGUGUCAAGAAAAAUUAUUUCUUCAGAUAUUUCAAACUUUUUGAUAUUUCUGAUACAUUGUAGACAUUGAGGCUAUAACAUUCCAAAAUCAGCCUUCAUUCUGUCGUCCUUCAGACUUCAUAUUGCUUCUCGUUCUUAGAAGGAAUCUCUUCUUUCCCAAUGCUUUUUUUUUCAUGUCAUUUUUAUAUAAUGUAACAAUGGUUCAUCAUGAAUAUAGUAAGGAUACUUCUCCAUUAAUUUGUAUGGGUAUCAUCCUAGUUAUGAUAUACUAAAGAAGCAAAUUGUCAGGCGGAUAAAUCCAAAAACUGAUAAAUUUGUAAAUUUAAUUUUCUCGGAACAAAAUAUUUUAUGAAAAAAAUCUUAUUUUACAUUUUUUUAUUUUCAGUUGAUUGUUCGAAUUCAUGUUGAUAUGCGAAAUUUUUGUUUUACCUAAUGUUGGCUCAAUUUUAUUGAUAUUAUUACGAAUUUUUCUUCUCUUAUGGAAAUUAUUGUAAUUGAAAAUCUCCAUAGGUUUUGCAAUUAUUUUUUCUCGAUAUCCGUGACAGCACAUCUCACAACUUCUUUCGAAUUUCUCAAGAAACAUUUUUUAAUGUUUUUAAUUUUAAUGUUUUAAUUUAAUGUUUUAAAAUUUUUAUCGGUCUUUACCUAAACAUAUGAAACUCAAUCACGCUGCUACAGAAGAACACGAACACGUUGGGAUUCUUUUUUUAUUCAUUUUUUAAGUCGGUAGAACAUCGAAAAGAAAUCCGUAAAAUGUACGAAGCCCUAAAUUCUCUUUAAUUACUAGUCACUAUCCCUAUGUGUUAAUACGUAUCAUAUCAGUGUAAACAAUUCUUUCAUACAAUAUACAUAUAUACAGUCUAGAACGAGAUAAAUAUUUUUAUUCUUUUUAUUCAUACAGUAUUAUAAUUUAUGAACAUACAAAGAAAUUUUAUACAAAAAUGUGUGUGUUUACAAACCCAAAGAAAUAUCAGUGUAAAUAGAAUUGAAGUAGAUUUAUUUAUUAAUGAAAUCAAGAAUUAUACAGGUUUAAGUAGUGAAUUUAUACAAAACUUACUUCAAUGGCGAUGCUUCCUCCGGAUCCAAAAUAUCUUUUUCGUGGUGAUAUGGGUUGUGUAAAUUGCAUUCUUUUUCAAAUAACCCCCAAUGUAGAACAUCUUUAUGCAGGCACUACCAAAGGCAACAUUCACAUUUGGGAUCUAAAUACAAAUAGAGAAUUAUAUCAAAUUAUAUCAGAAGAAGAUUCUUGUUUAAAUUUGCAAAGCUUAAACAGUAAUACUUUGUUUGUACAACAUAAAUGUGGUUUAAUCAAAAUGUAUAAAAAAACAGAAACUCAAUGGACUGCGUUUAAUUCCAUUAAUAUAGAUUUUUAUCAUUAUUGCAGAUUUCAAGUAUUUUCUGAAAAUGAAAUAUUUGUACCACUUAAAGAAUCUGCAGUUGGAAUAUUAUCUUUGAACACUUUUAAUACCGAACUGAAAUUGAAUUCUCAUAAUUCCAAGAAUUUAGGAGAAGUAAUGACUAUCAAACCGCUAAAAAAUGAGAAAUUAGUUUUAGUUGCUUAUGAAGCAGGAGAGUUAAUUCUAUGGGAUGUUCGACAAAAUAAAAUAUUAAGUUCUUUAACAGUAGAAACAUGUCCAAUGACAUUAGAUUUUGAUACUACAUUAUCAAAAGGAGCAAUUGCUGGUCCUUCUAAUAAUAUACAGAUAUUUAGUUUAUCAGUUAAUCAUCUAUUGCAUAAUAAAAAUAAAAUAACUGUGACAAAUCCUGGAAUUUCUGUAAUUACAAUUAGACCUGAUACUAAAAUUAUGGCAACUGGAGGAUGGGACAGCCGAAUUAGAAUAUAUACUUGGAAAACCUUAAAACCAUUAGCUGUUUUAUGUCAACAUAAAGAUACUGUACAAGAUAUUAUUUAUUCUACAGAAAGAAUAAAAGCUUAUAGUAAUAAAAUGAUAAUGGCUACAGCUGCAAAAGAUGGAUAUAUAGCAUUAUGGGAUAUUUAUAAUUAAAUUUCAUCACAAAAUGAAAAAUUUUUGUUAUAAUUUAAAUAACAUAAUAAAAAUUUAAUUAAAUACUUACAAAACUGAUAUAAUAUUAAUUUUAUACAUAAAUAUAUAUUUAAAUAUGUACAUAUUUAUAAUUAUAUGUAUAUAGUUAUAACUACUCUGUAUUUUUCUCCAUGUACUAUACAUUGUUUUUAUCGUAUUAUCUAUUAAAUUCAAAUUUGUUAAUAUAAUAUAUAAUGUAUAUAUGGAUAACAGAGAUACUAUUCAAUUUUAAUAUUUAAGUGGGACACUAAUACAUUCUUUUGUAAACUACUAUCAUCCUAUGAUUUUCAUUUAAAUAUCUUUUAUGGGCUACUUUAUUAUACCUUUCAUCUAACAAAAUAUUAUACAAUAUUAUAAUAUCAUUGUUGAUAUUAAAACAACUUUUUUAAAUAUAGCUGGUAUUUUUAUUACACUUAAUUUUAAAUUGUUUGAUUUGUUUUUUUAAAUUUUUCC